AUGAGAAAGUCAUCCACAAGUAGAAAUUAUGAAACAAUCCAAUCCGAUUUCGACCAGAUGGUUGCUGAAAUGCGCCGUGAGAAAAUCCGUCAAUCAGACUUAAAAUAAUUCAAGAACAAUAGAAAAAGUUAUGAAGAGUAGUAGAACUUCUUUGUCAAAGAAAAGGGAGAUGCAAAGCAAGUCUCCCCAAUGGAUGAUGUUUGAUAACUACUAUGAACAUCCCUCUCCUUGGAAGAGAUCAGUCAGACAAGGCAGUGAUUUAUCAAAAACCCCGUACUUUUUCACUGGUGAUGAAAGACACAGUGUCAUGCACAGAGAGGUUCAUUUACUGCCAAGAUCUUAUAAAAGUCCUGAGAAUAAACCUCCAAUGAAGGUACCCAAGAAAGAUUGUUACGAGUUUUGUAAGCCAGAUAGGAACUUCAUGACUAAAGUUGGCAAAAUGCUUCUAAAAAAGGGUAUUAAAGAUAGGAAAAAACUAGAUGUAUCAAAUCGCAACAAAAGGGUCUUUGAAGAGAAUAACAAGAGAAGAAUCAUUGAAGAAAUUCAAAGAAAAGCUCCUAAAUGGAACAUCAAUGUCAAGACUAGGCAGCAGGCUUUUGCCACUUAUGCAGAAGAUAGAGUUCAUGUCAGGUCUGAAAAGCAAAGAUAUGAUGACCUUGUCUCUUUCAACACUGCAAUGAAACAUCACGAUGAAAAGCCCUUUAACAAAUAUGAUAGAGGCAGAAGAUUAUUCUCAGUUGAUCAGGGUGCUUUAAUCUAGAAUUCAAUAAUA